AUGUCCGCUCCACAAGGGCCCAGGGGCGGUCCUGGCCCUGCUGCCUCGGCGGCCGGCGCCAUGCCGGAGAUGCCGGACCUUAGCCACCUCACCGAGGAGGAGAGGAAGAUAAUCCUCGGUGUGAUGGACCGACAAAAAAAAGAAGAGGCGAAGGAACAGUCCAUGUUAAAGAUCAAAGAAGAAACAAAGCCUCAGUCGGCACAGUGGUUUCCCUUUAGUGGGAUCACUGAGCUGGUAAAUAAUGUUCUUCAGCCACAGCAAAAGUCCCAAAAUGACAAGGAGCCCGAGCCAGACGCGAAGUUGCACCAGCAGUUUGAAUCAUACAAGGACCAAGUCAAGAAGAUGGGGGACGAAACAAAACCGGCUCAGGAACAGAAGAGCGAAGCCCCAACCUGCGGGAUAUGCCACAAAACCAAGUUUGCUGAUGGCUGUGGCCACCUCUGUUCAUAUUGCCAAACGAAAUUCUGUGCUCGGUGCGGAGGACGAGUGUCUCUGCGGUCAAAUAAGGAGGACAACGUGGUGAUGUGGGUAUGCAACUUGUGCCGAAAACAACAAGAAAUCCUCACCAAAUCGGGGGCAUGGUUUUAUGGCUCGGUGCCUGGUCAGGUGCGUUCUGUUUUUGAAGGCGGGCCACAAGGGAAGAAGGCCAAACUGCAAGACCCCUCACUUUACCCCUACCAGGGAUCCUCAGGGGACUUGACACCAACGUCAGAUAGAAGCAGACGUCACGGCGGGCUCUUGCCCAGACAGGCGUCCCUUGACAACGGCUCGCUGAGGUACUCUGGACAUGGCGAUGCACCCAUAGACAGGAGACGAAGUCCAUCUGCAUCCAGGGAUCCAAACCAAAAAUACGACCAAAGGGAGGGGGGCGACCAUUCACAGUAUGCCCCGACAGACGGAAGCAUGCCCAGAUCACCGUCUGACUAUGGGGAUGGCGACCCUCGGCGGGCUCCGCGGGGCCCACACUUGUAUCCAGACGUAAAUGCAGCAUGGAUUGGCUACAGAGACCGCCAGGGUCCUGGACGCUGGCACUCCCAAGAAUACCCUCUGGACCAGGAGCUAGAUGGGCCACACAAUGAUUAUGAGCUCCAGAGACAGCGACAGGAGGAGUUCCAGACACGCUAUCGCAGCGACCCCAACCUGGCACGCUAUCCUGUUAAGCCACAGCCCUAUGAAGAGCAGAUGAGAAUGCACGCGGAGGUGGGCCGCCUAAGGCAUGAGCGGCGUCAUAGUGAUGUCUCGUUAGCUUACACUGAGCAGGAUGAACCGGCGCCAAUCCGGCUGUCACGUCAACAUCUCACUGAGCGCCGUCCGCCUAUGGUGGGACAGCGGUCUUACUCUGUUGACCGCUCCUCGCCGGGGCCCAUGGGUCCUGGCCUCGGUGGCCACAGAACAUCAAACCAUAGCCCCCCAACACCCCAUCGCAGUCCUGUGCUAGGUGACCGAUCCGGAGAUCUGCGGAGAAGUGACAUGGGCGGAGUAGGGGACUCUAUGAGGAGACAACAACAUCAUUUGGACCCCAACUCUGCUGUCCGCAAGAGCAAGAGGGAGAAGAUGGAAAGCAUGUUGAGAAAUGACUCGCUGAGCUCGGAUCAAUCGGAGUCUGUGCGUCCUCCACCCCCCAAACCUCACAAAACUAAAAAGGGAGGGAAGAUGCGGCAGGUGUCACUAAGCAGCUCAGAGGAGGAGCUGGCAACUACGCCGGAGUAUACCAGCUGUGAGGAUGUGGAGAUAGAGAGUGAGUCAGUCAGCGAAAAAGGGGACAGUCAAAGGGGAAAAAGAAAAACAAUUGAGCAGGCAUUUAUGUCUGAACCGGCACACACCUUAUCUGAGAGGCAAAAGAAAAUGGUGCGCUUUGGGGGACACUCAUUUGAAGAGGACUUGGCGUGGUGUGAACCGCAAGUUAAAGACUCAGGAGUUGAUACGUGCAGUAGCACUACCCUAAAUGAGGAGCAUAGCCAUAGUGAGAAGCAUCCGGUGACGUGGCAGCCGUCCAAAGACGGGGAUCGCCUAAUAGGGCGCAUUUUGCUCAAUAAGAGAAUGAAAGAUGGAAGUGUGCCUCGAGACUCAGGAGCCCUGCUUGGUCUUAAGGUGGUAGGAGGAAAGAUGACAGAAUCUGGUAGACUUUGUGCUUUCAUCACUAAAGUGAGAAAAGGAAGUCUAGCUGAUACUGUCGGGCACCUCAGACCAGGUGACCAGGUGCUGGAAUGGAAUGGAAGACUUUUACAAGGAGCUACAUUUAAAGAAGUUUACAAUAUAAUUCUAGAAUCCAAGCCUGAACCCCAAGUGGAACUGGUGGUCUCACGGCCAAUUGGAGAUAUUCCAAGGAUACCAGACAGCACACAUGCACAACUGGAAUCAAGUUCAAGUUCUUUUGAAUCCCAAAAGAUGGAUCGCCCGUCCAUUUCUGUCACCUCCCCUAUGAGUCCCAACAUGCUGAGGGAUGCCCCCCAGUACUUGUCAGGACAGCUUUCAAGCCAAAGCCUUAGUAGAAGAACACCGCCUAUUCCCCCUAGGGUCCAGGUCAAACUCUGGUAUGACAAAGUUGGCCAUCAACUAAUAGUUACCAUACUGGGAGCCAAAGACCUGCCACCUAGGGAGGAUGGUCGACCCAGGAAUCCUUACGUGAAAAUCUACUUCCUCCCUGACAGAAGUGACAAAAGCAAGAGGAGAACAAAAACAGUAAAGAAAUCCUUAGAGCCAAAAUGGAACCAGACCUUCAUGUAUUCACCGGUGCAUCGGCGGGAGUUUCGGGAGCGCAUGUUGGAGAUUACGUUGUGGGACCAAGCUCGAGUAAGGGAAGAGGAGAGUGAAUUCCUGGGAGAGAUACUAAUUGAACUGGAGACAGCUCUUUUGGAUGACGAACCUCACUGGUACAAGCUCCAGACCCAUGACGUUUCCUCCAUCCCACUCCCGCGCGCCUCCCCUAACACCCAACGUAGGCAGCUUCAUGGAGAAAGCCCAACGCGGCGGCUUCAGAGAUCCCAGAGGAUAAGUGAUGGCGAGAUCUCUGACUAUGAUUGUGAAGAUGGUGUCGGGGUAAUAACAGACUACCGACCGAAUGGCAGGGACUUCCAGAGCUCCACGCUGUCUGUCCCAGAUCAGGUGAUGUCUUCUAACCACUGUUCCCGGUCGGCUGAAAUACAUCGAGCACGUUCACGCUCCCCAAGUGUUCCCCCACCUUCCAGCCGAAACCAGCGUGUGUACCCAAUCUGCCGCGAGGAAGCAGUCAGGUUACUGCGUUCCACUAGGAUGUCCCGUGCCUUUUCUGAGGGCGCCUACUCUUCUGACUAUGACUUCGAGAGGAACCACGGAGCCAUGGAUAGACACGAGUAUCACAGCAGGUCCCGUUCUGCAGACCAGCGGCCCACAAUAGAACGCCCCGCAUCCCGAUCACGCUCCACCGAACGCCCCCACGACUCAUCGAUGAUGAGGUCCAUGCCGUCUCUACCAUCCGGGAGGUCAGCCCCUCCCUCACCUGCCAUGACGAGGGCGCACCCUCGAAGCGGAUCGGUCCAGACUAGCCCAAACAGUACGCCAAUGUCCCACAGACGAGGUCGGCAACUCCCUCAGCUUCCAUCCACAGGGAAGGACAGAAAAGAUGGAGACGAAGGAACCGAGCCUUGUGGAGGUAUUGACAUGGAGGAGAGGACCAGGCAGAUGAAGAUGAAGAUGAACAAGUACAAGCAGGGAGCAGGCUCUGACUCACGGCUAGAGCAGGACUACCACAAGCAACAUUCCGGCAGGGAUCCACGGGGCUCAGAUAACCUCUCCGCCAAGUCAUCUGACAGUGAUGUUAGCGACGUGUCCGCUGUGUCGAGAACCAGUAGCGCCUCUCGGUUCAGCAGCACGAGCUACAUAUCUGUCCAGUCUGAAAGGCCGCAAGGAAACCGCAAAAUCCGCCAUUUGCUAUCAAGGAGCCAGUCGCAGGAGGGGGAUGAGCAUUUAGAUGAAGUUCUAGAAGAGGAAGAGACAGACAGGAGAGGUGAAGGGAAAGGGGUCAGUAAAGAGGGGGUUGUGCAGGGAGAGCAGAAGGGAUCAGGGGACAGAGUAGAAAAAGACAAGCAGCAUCAUGAAGAAAUGAUGAACGAAGACGACUUGCACCAGAGGAGUAUCUCAGAGACUGACCUCAGGCAGAUGGGCUCAACGGGCGGCGUGAAUAUGACUAAGAGCACCAGCAUCAGCGGUGACAUGUGUAACCUGGAAAAGACAGACGGCAGCCAGUCGGACACUGCGGUCGGUACGGUAGGCACUGACGACAAGAAGAGGCGCUCCAGCAUUGGUGCCAAAAUGCAGGCCAUGGUUGGCAUGUCACGCAAGAGCCGGAGCACCUCUCAACUCAGCCAAACAGAAGCGGGAGGCAAGAAGUUGCGCAGCACUAUCCAGAGGAGCACAGAAACAGGCCUAGCGGUGGAAAUGAGGAGCAGAAUGACUCGUCAGGCCAGCCGAGAAUCCACAGACGGGAGCAUGAAUAGCUACAGCUCUGAGGGAAAUCUCAUCUUCCCUGGUGUGAGGUUGUCCUCAGAAGCUCAGUUUAGUGACUUCCUAGAUGGGCUCGGGCCCGCACAGCUAGUUGGACGACAGACACUGGCUACACCGCCAAUGGGCGACAUCCAAAUUGGCAUGGUGGAGAAGAAAGGAGCACUGGAGGUUGAAGUCAUCAGAGCUCGUGGCCUUGUAGGAAAACCAAGUUCCAAGGCACUGCCAGCACCAUAUGUUAAGGUCUAUCUUUUGGAAAAUGGAGUCUGCAUAGCCAAAAAGAAAACAAAAGUAGCAAGAAAAACCUUGGAUCCUCUUUACCAGCAGCAACUGCCGUUUGAGGAAAGUCCAGGAGGAAAAGUUCUACAGGUGAUUGUCUGGGGCGACUACGGACGCAUGGACCAUAAGUCUUUCAUGGGAGCAGUUCAGAUACUGUUAGAUGAGCUGGACCUGUCCAACAUGGUGAUUGGCUGGUUCAAGCUUUUUCCUCCCUCCUCGCUGGUGGACCCAACUCUGGCCCCCCUGACAAGAAGAGCUUCCCAGUCCUCACUGGACAGUUUCUCACGGUCAUAG